UUUUUCCGAUGAACAUAUGUAGGUCAAUUGGUCCGUUACAAUAAUUUUUACUGUUAAGUCCCUCUUCUUUCUUUCCGGGCGGUCGUCUAUGGUUAAAGACGUUGUCGUCGCGUAGACUCGUCGUUGCUUCCUCACGCUUGAAAACACGACCAAUAAGAGCUCCCGACGAUGCCUCGGCGAAAUUUUGAGAAAUUGUAGUGCGAAAUGCGUUCGAUUCACGUAAACAUGGUCGAGAAAUGAGAAUCGCAACGUUGUUGUUGCUAUGUAGUGUCCAGGUGUUUGGGUUUCUUGGACAGUGGAGAUUUGUUAGAAAUGUCACGGAAAAUAAAGAAAUUGAUUCUCGAGGAAGAGCUUUCGUUACUAUGCUUGGAUAUCCUCCAAAAUGUCAAAGAAAAGGAUCAUCACAUUCUUGCACAUUAUCGGUAACGUGUUGGUUAGCUGGUGGAUCUAGCGAGGAAGGGUGUGGAUCAAAUCCUUGGUUAGUUGGAUGUUGCGUUAUUAAGAAAAAAGGAUUUUUGAAUAAAAAUCAAGUGAUUGAUCAAAACGAUAUUAAAGAUCAAAUGGACUCGAAUGAAGAUAGUGUUUUGCAACGUCGAAACGAUGAUUUUAUAUUUGAAUGUGGAAUAUCAGCUAACAGAAUACUUUCAAAAAGAAUUAUUGGUGGAAAGGAUGCGUAUUUUGGACAAUUCCCAUGGCAGGCUCAUAUUAAGAUUUCUGCUUAUCAAUGCGGAGGUGUAUUAGUAUCAAGUAAAUAUGUCGCUACAGCUGCUCAUUGUAUCAUAAAGGCCAAGUUAUACGAUAUUGUUGUUUAUCUUGGAGAAUUGGAUACGCAAGACACCGGGUCGGUGGUAGAACUCGCACCCGCAGAGCUCCACAGGGUAAAAACCAAGAUUAUUCACCCAAAGUUUCAAUUUAGGAGGACCCAACCGGAUAGAUUCGACGUUGCUCUUUUAGAAUUAGUAACAGAAGCCGGUUCUUCGUAUCAUAUAGCUCCGAUAUGCUUACCGGAAGGACAUUUGGAUCUUCGUAAUCGAGAGGGUGUUGUUGCCGGUUGGGGAAAAACCAAACCAACGGCGGAAUUAAUGGGUACUAAUAUUCUAAGAAGUGCUACUGUACCUAUAUUAGAUAUCAAGGAAUGUAUAUCUUGGCACAAAACCAAACAUAUAAAAGUGGAACUAUUCGAUGAAAUGAUUUGUGCAGGACAUGCCGAUGGUCAUCAUGAUGCUUGUUUAGGUGACUCAGGAGGUCCUCUAAUUGUCCUCCAAGGUGGAAGAUGGACUUUGGCCGGUUUAAUAAGUGCAGGAUUUGGUUGUGGAGAACCUCAUCAACCAGGAAUUUAUCAUUCCACAUCAAUCACAGCCGAUUGGAUAAGAUCAAUUAUUUAUUCUUGAAAUAUAACUGUAAAUUUGAUGUAUAUUAUGUAAAAUAUUCUAAUGUAUUUAAAUAUAUUUUUU